AUGUGUACUGUGAAUAGCUCAGACACUACCUGGCUACUAAGACUUAACUGUCCAAGACCUGUGAGAGAUCAGCAAAAGCCUUGGCAGAGGUUCUCCUCGGCACCAGCAGAGAGCGGUGCAGCAAAUACUUUUAACUGCGGUAGACAUCUUGGAAAGAAAAAUACUACCAAAGAUUGGCUAACACAGAAAGACUUCUGUUGUGCAAAGGCAGCACCUGAUGAAAGUCAAGACAUCAUUGCUUCUGCUCAGCGUAUCUUGGAUGGAGAAAAUUAUUUUGUGAGGGAGGUGGACAGGUAUUUGAGGCACAAUGAUUUCUUAAAUCUGAGAAAGAAGGAGAUCCUGUACAAGAAAUGGCUUGAGGAUGUUUCAGAGCCACUGCUGCAGAAAAUUCAGAACAAAAUGGACAGCCAGUCAAGCGAAGAAAUACGGAAAAGGAAAGAAGAACAACACUCUCUCUAUUUAAACUACUGUAAUAAGAAGGACUAUGUGGCUUUGGAAGCUUAUGACCCAUCAGAGUAUGAUCCGCUCUUCCUGAAGAUGUGUACAGACUGCUGGAAGGUUUCAAUACCAACUUUACAGGAUCCUCUGUUAAAAGACAUUCAAAAGAAGUUUACUGAGACAGGCAUUAUCAAGCAGUGUGAGACAGGAAGACCGUGCUCUACCAGAGAGCUGAACGAACUCAGUAAAGCAGAACUGCCACUGCUUCCUUUGAGCCGGCAACGUAUGGAUGCAGUUGAGUGGCUGAAGAUACCACACGCCUACAUUGCUAGUGAGGUCCACCAAAUGAAGAGGCGGAAAGUCAUCAGCCACCACAAAGAUGGAGAGAGCCAAUAG